AUGAACGUCGUGACACUUCUUCUUUACGUCUCUACAGUCUCAGCUGUAGUAGUGACAGUCACGCUCAUCGAGACCGCCCAAGCGGUGGAUUCUUCAAGAGCUGCAACCACCAAAAGUAUGACUUCAACCAGCUCUUCUAGUCGAGCUCAGAUUCUGGCCACUGGUACUCCUCCAAUGUUUGCCAGCGCCAAGAAUGCUAUUAUCUCCAACGUCAGAAGCCUGAAGGUCCCCUCAGCCUCUGGCUACCUUGCCAAAGAUGUGGAGCCAACCCAGAGCGUUACUCCUUUUACCUUAUCGUCCAGUGUUUCUCCCGCAACUACAGCAUCUGCCAACCCGACCAGCGCUGUAUCUGUCGCUCAGACUAACUCUGUCUCUAGGACUGGUGUCAGCGUGAUGUUCUUGAGCCUCUCUUUUGUUUUGGUGACGUGCUCUAUUGCUUGA